AUGUCUAAGACGAUAACUACAGAAACCAGUCAACUUUCAGUAGUGCGUGAAGCAAUCUUGAACGCUGCUCGGUGGGGGAUAACGGAGUUCAUAGUUGAAAUCGUUAAAUCUAAUAUAGAUUUAUUGAUGACUCUUGACUCGGACCUAAGAAGCAUAUUCCAUAUUGCAAUUGCACACCGACAAGAAAAUGUUUUUGGCCUCAUAUAUGGGCUUGAUACUGCCAAGUAUAAUUUUAUUCCUUUCUGUGAUAAGAACGACAGUAAUAUGUUACAUUUGGCAGGGGAACUAUCACCCGAAUCUCAGGUUAAACUUCAACAAAUCUCAGGAGCAGCUCUGCAAAUGCAAAGAGAACUACAAUGGUUCAAGGAGGUGGAAGGCAUUAUACCACCUAUGCUUAAACUACAUACAAAUGGAAAAGAGGAAACUCCUUAUGAAACAUUUGAUCGAAGCCAUGCGAAUUUGGUGAAAGAAGGGGAGAAAUGGAUGAAGGAUAUUGCGCAAACCUCUACGGUUGUUGGCACUCUUAUCAUCACCAUUAUGUUUGCUGCUCUCUUUACUGUUCCCGGAGGUCCUGAUCAGGACACUGGUGUUCCCUUACUCUUAAGAAAAAAACUUUUUAAGAUAUUCAUAAUAUCGGAUUCUAUUUCUCUCUUUGCUUCGACCACUUCGGUGUUGAUGUUCGUUGGCAUCCUCACAUCACGUUAUACAGCAGAUGAUUUCCUAAAAUCCUUGCCCAACAAAUUGAUCAUCGGACUUUCCUCUCUCUUCAUUUCUAUUGCAGCAAUGAUGGUAGCUUUCUCCUCAACUGUCAUUAUCAUGGUAAAGGGCCAAUUAGAGAUUGUUAUUCCGAUCGUUUUGCUGGCUGGCAUACCAAUCGGUCUCUUUGUGUGGUUGCAGUUUCCACUUCUUGUUAAGAUUUUUAUCUCAACUUAUGGACCAGGGAUCUUUGAUAGGAAAAUGAAAUGGCUCUAGUUAAUUAGAGGUAUGUUUAUGUUUUUUGAAGGAUGUGUGGAAUUGUGAUUGUCAAUUAUACUAAUUUUAUGUUUGGUGUCAAUUUUCAAAGACAUGGAUGGGGAGGAUUAAACUCCUCAACC